UUGCCUGACUACGUUACGGAUAUCAGAGUUCUUUCAUUCCAGUACAACACCUCGCUCAAUGGCACCAUGAGCAUGCUUGGUAUAACAGAGCAUGCAAAUGACUUGCUGAAUUGGUUGUACAACAAUCGAGAAGAUGAUGAACCCGCUACCUUGCGGCCAAUAAUAUUUGUCGGCCAUAGCCUGGGAGGGAUGAUCAUCAAGAGGGCAUUGUACGUGGCUCGCUUUGUCCAGCAAAGAUAUAGGGGGAUUUGGGAGGCAUCCCGCGGCGUUAUGUUCUUUGCAACUCCUCACCAUGGGCUCGAUAGGAACACUUGGAGGGACUUUGCUCGAUUUGUGCUUCAACACGACGCUCCAGUAAAGGGAGCAAUGCCCACCCGCACCAUGGUCCGACAACUUGAGAAAAACUGUGAUAAUCUCCGAGAUAUCACAGAAGAUUUCAAGCCCUUGUAUGACAGCCUAGCAUUUGUUACAUUUGUUGAAGAAGAACCAAUGCCGGGUCUGAAACAUGUUCUUGUGAAUAGUCUUUAUGGGAAAAUGCAUCAUGGUCAUGAGAGGCACGACAUGCUCGCAGGUAACCAUCUCACAAUCUGCCAAUUUACCAGAGAGGAAACUGGUGCGUUUCGGCUCAUUUGGGACGGAGUCGAGUUUCUCAAAAAAGACAAACCAAAUGCACUGGACAUGGCUGGUUACUUAGCCAAGAGAGCCCUGUAUUCACUCUCUUCCGACAAAUUCCACGCCUACUUUCUCGGGAGACAGCACACUCCUGGAACGGGCGACUGGAUAAAAGAGCGUCCCGAGUUUCAAUAUUGGUGCAAAGGGGAGGCUGGGAAUGGCAAGCUGUGGAUACACGGCCCGGCAGGCAGCGGUAAAAGCUUCUUGACCAAGCACAUCAUUACACACAUCCUACAGCCUAACAACAUUGUCCGAUCUGACAGCACGGUUCCACACGAAAGGCAGGAGGUCAUUCAUUGUUUUCUCAGCAACAUGUAUGCAUCAAGAAACAACAUCGAUGCUCUUCUACAAUCUACUUUGCACCAGGCCUUGCGACUUCAGCCUCAAAUCAUCAAGGAGUUCCUCCUGCCAACCUUUGAGGAUGCUCAAUCACGAGAAAGAUCAAAAGGAUCGGUGUGGACGGCAGAAAGGCUAGUGGAGCUGUGGCCCAUAGCAAUGGCAAGAGUGAUCAUGGGAUAUCAACACACCAUGACGCUUGUCGUUGACGGGCUAGAUGAAAUCCCUUCUGAUGACCAAACGGCCUUUUUACAAUGUAUCAAGAAGCUAGACCAAGGCCUCGGUCAGUCCAAGCAGUUGAGAUUGUUGGUGGUCUCCCAACACAACUCAACGAUCCAGAAGCACAUUCAAAGCCUGGGAAUCAACGACUGCCCCAUUCAACGAGGAGACAAUGAGGCAGACAUUAUGAGAAGUAUCAGCGGCCUUUUGACACGUCUGUUGGAGAAGGUAGCACCUGGUGACGAAGAUUUCAGAACGAGGGUGCUGGGUGACAUCAAGGGCAACAGGGUCGAUGACUCGUAUCUGCGGUCAAUUCUAAGAAGCGAAGAGCUGAAACGCACACGCCUGAAGGACAAAGACGACAUUCUAAAGGCUCUGAAAGAGAUUCCAGAUGAUACACAGCAUCUCUGUGAUCGCCACUCAGACCGCCUGCUAAACAGCUACGAUCCAGACACAUCCCGGUUCAUCAAAAAUGUCCUCACCUGGGCCGCCUUUCAGGAAGAUGCGCUCAACAUCACGGAACUUAACACCGCUUUGGCAGUGGCCAAAGCCAUGCGCAAGUUCCCAGGAGCCAUCAUCACAGAGAAACAGCUAGCCGAUUGCCUCGACGAGAACCUCAAGGCCAAAGUCGAUUUCUACUGCGGACCGCUUGUCAACUUCGCUGAUGGACGCCUUUCGUCUCUUCACCGAACCGCCAAGAGCCAUAUUGCAACCAAGCUCGAAACUAUUGCUGAGAAGAACCCAGAGGAACUCACCCCUCAAGGCCUACUCGCAAGCAGUUGCACAAUGUACCUCAGCAUGCAAGAGGCAGAACGACCGGCUGGAGAAAGCUCCGAAACCAGUUGGGAGUCUCGAAUCCGGAAGACAUUGAAGGACCGCCCGUUCAUGCGUUAUGCUUCGCUAUACUGGCACAAACACUAUCAUCAAGCAGGGGAAGACGUUGACGCAGACACCCAGAGACAGAAAGAAUUGCUGACGCAAGAAGGGGAUGGUCGUGCCAAGUCUUGGACCGAAGUGUGGUGGUUCAUGAGAAGGGGGUCGGAGCAAGCCUUCCCCGAGGAGGACCUUCGUCUGGCGGACAAGAUUGUCAAUAGCCCGCCUGACAACCCAGGAGGCGGUGACAGUGAGGUUUCUGGAUCAUUGCCUCCACGGCACCAGACAACCCGACGCCAGGCCGAUACAUCGGGUUGCACCCUUCCUCCGCACGAGAGAUCCGGACACGUCAAGAGGGCCAGCUGGAAGGAAGAUAAGAUACGAUUGCAAUCCUCGCAACCGAUGAUCAUCAUUGAGAAGGAGAUUAUUGAGGUGGAGAGAGAGGUCGUAAAGGAGGUUCCAGUCGAGAAACAAGUUGUCAAAGAGGUCGUGAAAGAAGUCAAAGUAGACGUCGUAAGAGAGGUCAAAGUGGACGUCGUGAGAGAAGUUCCGAGGGACGUUGUCAAAGUAGUGAUCAAACCAGAGGUGCAGCAGAUCGACAGGAUACAAUACAUCGAGAAGAAGAAGAACAGGAAACAAAGGAGCUAUUUCGGGAAUAUCAAGAAAGCAGUCAGUAGUGUUGGUACGUCGCACCACAGUUCGGAUGAUUUGGUCUGGCCUAAGCUAACGAGAAUAUCACAGGUAAGGCAGUCCGAGGCAAGGAUUUUGACUCUGACUGAGAUUCGGCUACUGUUGAUGACUUAUAUACCUACUGAUACCCGCAACGCGACAGACAUGAGUUAG